UGCUGCGGUGCAUAGAUCGCUCACACGGUUGCGCUUGGCAUUUAAAUUUAUUCCAACUGAGCAAAAAAAAACAACACAAACCAACCUCUUGGCCUAUAUCGUGACAACCCAUCACCGCACCGGCGGCGGUUCCCGAAACAAAAGCACAGGUAGACCACCCGAGACCAGGUCCGAAAGAAGUGAGAAGCAUAAAAAAUCAACGAGAAUCCAUCAAUAAAGCGCACACCGGGAACCGGUUUUCCCUCCGCCAUGACCUUGGUCAACACCUCCAGCAGCGGACCGACCGUACUGCUACUCCUGCUCUUGUUCAGCCACAACCAGCUAGUGUGGCCCGCUGCAGCCGGUGAAAGCCUCUUCGAUAACAUCAUCAACCAGCUGAUGUCGACGGCGGCCACGGCACAAAACUACCUGGACACAGCCGGCCAGCAACCGAACGAACCGGCGGAUGUGACUGCAGCUUAUCUCAGAAUCAGCAGCUCGUCGACCGGCAACGGGGUACCGACGAGUAGUGCAACCUUUACCAGCACUUCUGGCAAUCAGAAUACGCCCUUCUGGAAUCCGUUCACCUGGCUGCAACCGCGGGCGGUCUCCAUCCCGUACAAUCCGGACACGGAUCUGACCACGCCGGAAAUCGCCGUACGCCAUGGCUAUCCGGCCGAAUCGCACACGAUCAAAACGGCCGACGGCUACCUGCUCACGUUGCACCGGAUUCCGUGCGGUCGGGCUGGAUGCUCCAACGGGAAUGGCAAAGGAACCGGCCAACCGGUGUUCCUCCAGCAUGGGCUGCUGUCCAGCUCGGCCGAUUGGCUGCUGAGUGGACCGGAGAAGGCGCUAGCCUUCAUUCUGGCCGAUGCCGGCUAUGACGUUUGGCUGGGCAAUGCCCGCGGAAAUACCUACUCGAGGAAGCACGUUUCGAUGAGCAGCGACGAGACGGCCUUCUGGGACUUUAGCUGGCACGAAAUGGCCCUGUACGACAUCCCGGCGGAAAUUGACUUCGUGUAUGCAAUGAGAGAAAUGGAGCACAACGACACCAGGCGGAAUCUGCUCUACGUCGGUCACUCGAUGGGAACGACCAUGGCAUUUGUGAUGCUCGCCAGCAAACCGGAAUAUAACGAAAAAAUUCAUGCACUGUUCGCCAUGGCCCCGGUCGGCUUCAUGGGACACGUGAAGAGUCCCAUCCGGCUGCUGGCUCCGUUCUCGCACGACAUUGAGUUGAUUCUGAAAUUCUUCGGAGGGAACGAGUUCAUGCCGCAGAACAAAAUCAUCCGCUACCUGGCCAAGUACGGGUGUGAGCUGACCGAGGCGGAGAAGUACAUCUGCGAGAAUACGGUAUUCGUGCUGUGCGGCUUCGACAAGGAGCAGUACAACGCCACGCUGAUGCCGGUGAUCUUUGGCCACACACCGGCGGGAACGUCCACCAAGACGGUGGUCCACUACGCGCAGGAGAUCCACGAGAGCGGUAACUUCCAACAGUUUGACUACGGGGAGGCGGAAAACCAACGGCGCUACGGGCAAGGGAAGCCCCCCAGCUACGAGCUGGACAACAUCCGGACUCCGGUGGCGUUGUUCUAUGCGAACAAUGACUGGCUGGCCGGGCCACUGGAUGUGGCCAAUUUGUUCAACCGGUUGACCCGGACGACGAUCGGGAUGUUCAAGGUGCCGAACGAUAACUUCAACCACGUGGACUUUCUCUGGGGCAACGACGCACCGGAAGUGGUCUACAAGCAGCUGGUCAUGCUGAUGCAGAGGUACAAGUAGGUGGCGGUGCAUUUAGUGUAAUUAGGUAGAAGAACGGGAAGCUCUCUUCUUGCUGGUAGGUACUGAAACGAUGGAGAUUGAAAAUGUGGCAUUUUUUUGUAUCCUAACUGAUUCGAUGCUUUAAUAUUUUGUUAUAUUUUUAUGCGGUAGAUGCAGCGAAAACUGUAGAUUUAGAAUCAUACUAUAUAUUUGUAGAUA